AUGGAGAAUCUUCAGUUGGGUGACAUGGUCCUUACUGGUAAGGCAGACUAUGAACCUGUUUAUGCCUUUGGCCAUCAGGAAAAGGAUGUACUUGCUUCCUUUGUCCAGAUUCACAAGAAGGACAAGCAACCACUCGAAGUGACUCCUGAGCAUUUGGUCUUCCUUGAUGGCCAUGCCAACCCUGUCCGUGCUGAUUCCAUCAAGGCUGGAGAUAUGCUUGUUGGACAAGAUGGUACUACCAAUAAUGUUGUUACCAAGGUGAAGACCAUCACCAAGAAGGGACUUUAUGACCCCUUGACCCGUUCUGGAACUAUUGCGGUGGACGGUGUGAUUGCCUCCACUUACAUCUCUCUCCAAGAUAAGGAAGCCUCUGCUGAGUAUGUGGACUUUCAGGGGGGAAUGAACAGUGGAAUAUCUCAUCAUGACUUUGUCCACAUGGUCUUGUCUCCCUUCCGCAUGCUCUGCAGUGGCGUGUCAUCCAAUAUGUGUACCCCAACUGCCAAUGAUGGAAUGCCUUUGUAUGUUUCAAAGGGAUUGGACUUUGCCAAAUGGGCAGACAAGCAGAAUCUUGUGGUCCAGGGCUUGCUCUUCUUGUUGGUUGCUACCAUCUGCAUGGCCUGUUUUGCUGUGGAAGCUUCCUUUGGUCCCAAUCUUGCCCCAUUGGCCAUGUUGGUUGCUGCAGUCAUUUGGUACAAGCAGAAUGGUAUCUGGAAGGAGAAGCAGGUUUGA